CUUUAACCAAUGAUUUAAUGCUCCUUCAUUCUAUUGAUGGUCAAGUCGGGAGAAAAUGGGUCUCCUCUAGGUAGGUCAGAUGACUUGGGAUUAGAAUCUCCAAGCAGUGAUUCCAAUGGCAAUCAUAAGAGGAAGCAGCACUCUGCUGGCGCAGAAGCAAAGACUCCAAAUAAAUCGAGGAAGAGCAAUCAAAAUAAUCAAGAUUCAAACUCAGCUAGAGGCCGCAGCUCACAGAAACUAAAUAAGCGUGAAAAGCUAUUCUUCCUCGCGUUGCGGCGUUCGAGCCUCGGCUUCGAGCUGGCGGCACGACGGCUCGAGCUGGAGCUGCCGCCGGAGACGGAUUCGGAGUAACUUUUGCGGCGUUCGGCGAAGAUUUUGGGAAGGCGAUGCAUUGUUGUGAUCACACGGAGCAAAAUCCAUCAAUCGGGAAGCUGGUGAGCUUCCUUCAGUGGAGAAACUACAGCUUGCAAUGACGUAACCUAAUUUUGGCUGUCAAUGACCAUUAUACCCCCGCCUUGUUAUUGUGAAGUAAAUUUGUGAUAGAUGGAACUAAUUUCUCCUUUAAAUUAAAAAAUUACAU